ACGAGGGAGCAGGAGACACCUCCUGACUUUUUUUAUUUCUCCGACUACGAGAGGCACAAUGCGGAGAUCGCUGCCUUCCACCUGGACAGGAUCCUGGACUUCCGCCGAGUGCCUCCGGUGGCUGGCAGGAUGGUCAACAUGACCAAGGAAAUCCGGGACGUCACUCGAGACAAGAAGCUGUGGAGAACCUUCUUCAUCUCUCCAGCCAACAACAUCUGCUUCUACGGAGAGUGCUCCUACUACUGCUCCACCGAGCAUGCCCUGUGUGGUAAGCCGGACCAGAUAGAGGGGUCGCUGGCGGCCUUCCUGCCAGACCUGUCCCUGGCCAAGAGGAAGACAUGGCGGAACCCCUGGCGGCGCUCCUACCACAAGCGCAAGAAGGCAGAGUGGGAAGUGGACCCCGACUACUGUGAGGAGGUGAAGCAGACACCGCCCUAUGAUAGCGGCCACCGUGUUCUGGACAUCAUGGACAUGACAAUUUUCGACUUCCUCAUGGGAAACAUGGACCGCCACCACUAUGAGACUUUUGAGAAGUUUGGGAAUGAAACGUUUAUUAUCCACUUAGACAACGGGAGAGGGUUUGGGAAAUACUCACACGAUGAGCUCUCCAUUCUGGUGCCCUUACAGCAGUGCUGCAGGAUCAGGAAGUCCACCUACCUGCGGCUGCAGCUCCUGGCCAAGGAGGAGUACAAGCUGAGCCUGUUGAUGGCAGAGUCUCUGCAGAGGGAUAAGGUGGCACCUGUCCUGUACCGGCUGCACCUGGAAGCCCUGGACCGGCGGCUGCGCAUUGUGCUGCAGGCCGUCCGGGACUGCAUCGAGAAGGACGGCGUCCACAGUGUGGUGGAAGAUGACCUGGACACUGAACACAGAGCCUCCCCCGAGAGGUAGUGACCUGCCAGCUGCCCGCUGUGCCCGUUGAGGAAAGAGGAGGGAGACAGCCUCACAGCGACCACACAUGUGCCACAUCGUGAAUUCAGUGAAUUCAGAGACAGGAUGGGACCAUCCCCCAGUCGGUGAACUGUGGCCCUGGGGAGGGUGAGGUAGGUCUGCAGCAGGUCUAACAGGACACUUUUUGUUAGUUUUUGAGACCAGAAAAAGGAAGGAAGGUGCUGUCUGUGCUCACAGACAGAGGCGGCCAGCGGCAGAGGCAUUCCAUCCUUUUUGUAGGGAAAGGAAGCCUUUAUUUGCUAUUUUGUAUUUAUAUAUGGUGUAUAUGUAUAUAAAUAGAGAGACAUAUAUACAGACCACAGAUCACCUACCAAAUUAAUACAAGGACUGUCCUCCCCGCUGGCUCUGUGGGGCUCCUACUUGGCCAAAUUCACCCGUUAAGGGCUCUCACACUCUGGACCUAAUUUAAAAUAAAAACUUUUUUCUCCUCCUUCCCGGGGCCUUUGCACUAGAAGGCUGGAGGGUCUCGUCUCACGGUGGGAGGAGGCUCCCGCUGGACAUCAUGGCCAUGUGUCGCAGAUGGAUACUUAAAAGUGGGUUUCAGAGUGAUGUAAGUGACUAUUGGUCUUAUCGUCGCAGGCAGCAGCAGCCCGGGACGUUCCCUGGCAGCAGUGGGCUCUGCUUGUCCUCUCCCUUUGGACAGCUGAUGUAAAUACACCACACAGGGUCUGCUGUGCACCGCGGCAGUAGGUUCACCUUUGCAGCCUCUGUGGAAUCGUUUGCAAUGUGGUAAAAGUGCAAUAAAGAUACAGCAAAUGUG